AUCCCAGCCUCCCUUCCUAGAUAUCCAUCCCACACCUCUCCAACCGAAACGGCUCCUACGGUGAGAAAAAAAGAGAGCAGAACAGUUUCAAACACGUCGGCAUAAAUCUCACAUCCAGAGCUCCCUUUUCCUCCUUCCCCUCCUGACGGACUUCAUUACUUUAUUCCUCUGCGCGCCAAUGCCCGAGACCACGCCGAAACGAAGGAUUUUUUUCCCUUGAGCAUGAAAAGGAUUGCCAAAUCAUCCGCAAUCCAACAUCACCGACUGAGCCACCAGCAUGAGCACUGGAUACAUAUGCUCCAGCAGAAGUUGUUGGCUAGAGAACUAAGAAAUCUUGGACCACAAAUACAGCUAAGAGGGGAGAGUCAGUUUUAGGUCUCCACACAAUGGAGCGAGAAUGAACAGAGAGCGGCUUAAAAAAAAGCAUGAACUGGAGGUUUAUUGAGGUCAUCUGCUUCCUGUUUAUAUGGGACCAUAUAACAGUUCAGUCUUCCCGCCAGGACCCGUUGGCCACUGAACAACAUGUCACCAAGCAAUAUGACUGGCUCAUCUCUGACCGUGGACCUUUCCACCACUCUCGGAGUUAUCUGUCCUUUGUGGAAAGAUUCCGCCAAGGAUUUACGACCAGAUAUAAAAUUUAUAGGGAAUUUGCACGUUGGAAGGUGAGGAACACAGCAAUCGAGAGAAGGGACCUAAUCAGGAACCCCGUGCCACUCAUGCCUGAAUUCCAGCGCAGCGUACGCUUGCUGGGCCGCAGACCCACAACUCAGCAGUUCAUCGACACCAUCAUUAAGAAAUAUGGAACUCACAUUCUCAUCUCAGCCACCCUGGGAGGAGAGGAGGCACUGACUAUGUACCUGGCCAAAAACAAGCUGGACAGGAAGCUCGCCAAUGCUACUCAGAAUGUGGAAGCCCUUCAUCAGCUGGCCUCGUCUUACUUCAUUGACCGCGACGGCACGAUGAGGAAACUGCAUGAGAUCCAAAUUUCCACGAAUGCCAUCAAGGUGACAGAGACACGGACGGGCCCACUGGGAUGCAGUAGCUAUGACAAUCUGGACUCAGUUAGCUCUAUCCUUCUGCAGAGCCCCGAGAGCAAGCUUCAUCUGCAAGGUCUUCAGGUCAUUUUCCCAGAAUACCUGCAGGAGAAGUUUGUCCAGUCAGCCCUGAGCUACAUUAUGUGCAAUGGAGAGGGGGAGUACGUGUGCAGCAACAACCAGUGCAUCUGUCAGUGUGCCGAGGAGUAUCCCCAAUGCAACUGUCCCAUCACUGACAUCCAGAUCAUGGAGAACACCCUGUUGGGGAUGUCUGAGUCCUGGGCGUCCUCUUACAAAGACUUUGAGAACUCUGACGAGUUCAAGUCCUUCCUGAAACGGCUGCCCUCCACUCACUUCCUGCCCAUCAGCAGUGUGCAUCUCCUGUGGGGCAGUGACUGGGACCUUCAGGCCCGCUACAGGCUCCUUCAGAGUUCCCUGGAGAUCCAGCGGCUCAAGAUCCAGCGCACCGCCCGCAAGCUCUUUGGCCUCAGCAUCCGUUGUCACCACAACCCCAACCACCAGAUGCCUAGGGAGAGAUCUGUGAUGCAGUGGCUCAACAGGGUUCAGUCCUUCCUCUACUGCAAUGAGAACGGUUUCUGGGGGACCUUCCUGGAGAGCCAAAGGACAUGCGUGUGUCACACAGGGGUCACCCUAUGCCAGCGACCCAUCCCAUGUGUCAUAGGUGGCAACAACAGCUGUGCCAUGUGCAGCCUGGCCAACAUCUCACAAUGUGGCUCCUGCAACAAGGGCUACAAGUUAUACCGCGGUCGCUGCGAGCCCCAGAACGUGGACUCAGAACGUAGCGAGCAGUUCAUCAGCUUUGAAACUGAUCUGGACUUUCAAGACCUGGAACUCAAAUACCUGUUGCAGAAAAUGGAUUCCCGCCUGUACAUUCACACUACCUUCAUCAGUAACGAGAUCCGCCUAGAGACCUUCUUUGACCCUCGAUGGCGUAAGCGCAUGUCCCUGACUCUCAAGAGUAACAAAAACCGGAUGGACUACCUCCACAUGAUAAUCGGUCUGUCAAUGAAGAUCUGCCAGAUGAGAAAUAGCAGCAUUGACCCGAUGUUCUUUGUCUACGUCAACCCAUUCAGUGGCAGCCACUCAGAAGGCUGGAGCAUGCCCUUUGGGGAACAUGGUUACCCACGCUGGGAAAAAAUACGCCUGCAAAACUCCCAGUGCUUCAACUGGACUCUCCUGCUGGGCAACCGGUGGAAGACCUUCUUCGAGACGGUGCACAUCUACCUACGUAGUCGCGCUAAGAUCCCGACCGGCCUACGCAAUGACACAGGACAGGGUCCGGUGGAUCUUGGAGACCCCAACAAGCGGCAGAUCUACAUCAAAAUAUCUGAUAUCCAAGUGUUCGGCUACAGCCUGCGCUUUAAUGCCGACCUGCUCCGCAGUGCUGUGCAGCAGGUUAACCAGUCGUACACACAAGGAACUCAGUUCUACUCAUCCUCAUCUGUUAUGCUCCUGCUACUGGACAUUAGGGAUCGGAUUAACCGCCUUGCCCCUCCAUCUGCACCUGGCAAACCCCAGCUGGACCUCUUCUCUUGUAUGUUAAAGCAUAGGCUCAAGCUCAACAACAGCGAGAUGAUUCGAGUAAAUCAUGCCUUGGACAUGUACAGCACAGAGAUCCUAAAACAAUCAGAUCACCUGACUGCUAAACUCUGUUGAACAUAGUAACAUUAACAUAAGGACAGCGAACAGAACCACCCAACAAAUGAAUUACGAGGGGAUAUUAAUCUUAAUUUUGUUUUCUCUUUUUCAUUUUUGGACCUUUUCUGCCUUUUGAUGUAAUAUUAACUUUGUAAGCAUAAUUCUUAAAGAGAUAAAGGAAAAAGGCAGUGAUGAAAAGCAUUUCAGAUAAAGAUAAAGAAGAUUAAUGGAACCACUAUAAAGACUGUAUCAUAUGUGUCCCAGCAUGUCUGUCAUUACCUAAAAGAACUUAAAAGAGUGAGAGAGAAAAAAAAAAAAAAGAAAUAUUAAAUCUAUGUACUGGUGAAAAAGAGGCCUUGAUUUUACUCCGAGGGAUCAAAGGUUAUAUCUGAAACUGCCAUUCUUUACUGAGAAAAAAAAAACAUUUUUAAAGGAAUAAUGAUAUAACACAAGGGCAGACCAGAUAUCCUUUUAUUUCAGCUAAUGUGCAAAAUAUUUCAGACAUAACAGACAGUUUAAUAUUAAAACAUGUUUAUACAUUGUAAGGAUUAAAUAGCCCUAGUGAGUAAGUAGUCAACACAUUACUUAUAGACUCUUUAUUACAUUUCAAACCCACGGCGAAUCUGCAUUGCUCUUUGUGAGUUAUGAGGCACUCUGUCAUUGUUCUGACACAUAAGGCACACAGCAGGGCAGUAAUGGAUAGUCAUGUCAAAUAACAAAAGCCAGCUGUUUAUAUAUACAUAUAUAUGUGGGUGAAUGUAUGUGUGCGUGCGCGUGUGC